UAUUAAAAAUCAUGUUUUGACAGUUUAAUUUAAUGUCAAUAAUUUUUUUCCAACUAUUAAACAUUUGGCUUUAUUUUUUGUGCAAUAUUUCUUUAUUUUUUACUAUUUUGACAAAUUUCCAAGAUGCAUUACAAGCAAAUGAAACUCACCGACGUGUGGCGGAUAUGUAACAAGAUCCGCGCCGCCAUUUUCCGUGUUGGGUUCAAUUUGUGGGAUUAUUAUGCACCUUUGGAUCCAUAUAAAAACGGAUUAAUCUCAGAAUCUGCGUUUGUGUCGGUUCUAAAUGGUCCCCUUCGAUCAACCAUUGGUUUAUCUGAUUAUGAAAUCGGAGAAUUGACUGAUUACUUCCGUGUUUCCGACGGGAGAAUAUUCUACACACAGUUUUGUGAAGUUAUCAACAACAGCGUUCCGGAAUUUACCCAAAACGCAAACCUUGUCACUGGUCUUGAAUGGGAAGACCCACUUCAAGUAAACCGCUUAAGUCAAUCCGAAGAACGCCGUUUGAGUCUUCUCAUCACCAAAGUAGCAUGCGUCGUCAAUCUACGCAAACUUGUUUUGCGUCCGUUUUUUCAGGAUUAUGAAUUAGUUGCGAAAAACAAUGGCACCGUUACACUCGCUCACUUUGCGCGAGUGUUAAACUUUUUAAACAUCACACUAUCCGCUGAUGACUUCAAUUUAUUAGUGAAAAAAUACUUAAAAGACUCCUACACAGUUAAUUAUGUAGCAUUUGUCGCUGCUAUUGAAGAAACAGUUCAAUACCUAGAAAAACAUGGCGUCUUGGACCUCGGAGGUGACUUGAUGAGUCAAUUCCCUGGAAGAGUGAUAAAUGCAGAACUUCCAAAACUUCCACGGCCUGAAAUAGGGAAAGUAAUGGCGGCGAGUGUCUUCGGAAAGCAAAGCAUCUUUCAUCCAGCGUUGGAACUUCCACCACAGACUAAAACAUUGAUUGAAUUGAUCAGAUCCAUCCAGAGAUAUGUUUAUCAGAAUAGAAUACGUGUCAACGAGUGGUUUACAAACUUUGAUCCGUUGGGACAAGGAAAAGUAACGGUUUCACAGUUUCAUCGAGGGUUAGACGCAAUGGGAAUGAGCGGUUUACGUCGGUUGUAUUUAUCGCUACCUGAAGUGAAGACAAUUUGUAUACAAUAUGCAGAUCCGAUAGAUCCAUCGAGGGUGUGCUGGAAGACAUUCGAAGACGAUGUAAAUCAAGUUUUUACAGUCAAAGAAUUAGAAAAAGCGCCAAUGUUACAAGUUGUCUCGCCACCCCGUGAAGUCGAAGAACUCCCCAAUAUCGGCUCAAGAGACUGGGCGAAGGUCGAAGUCUCCCGUCGUGAACUCUGCGAAGAGACCGUUAGCAAAGUUAAGAACCGCAUCAUGCGGCGCCGAAUCCUUCUUAAACCAGUCUUCCGCGACUAUGACAAACACAAUAAUGGUCAUGUUUCACGUUCGCAAAUGCGUCAGAGUAUGCUUUCGAAUGGAAUUCUCUUGUCUGAUGAAGAAUUAUAUGCGCUUGAAGAACGUUUUAAUGAUGAUAUUGGCUUCAAUUACUUUUGGUUCUUGCGAGAAGUUGAACCUAAACCACAUGAGGAACCAUUAUUUACCGGGUUUUUCGAAGCAAUGCAAAAAGUAAACGCUCCGAAGAAAUGCAAACCUGUCGAUCGUAAAGAACACGAUAUUAUUUUAAUCUUGGCGAAGAUAAAAGGAAAAGCAGUGCGUGAACGCAUAAGAGUUUUACAAUUCUUGGAAGAUUUCGAUGUAUGCAACCAGCAAGUCAUUCUCAAAGAGAAUUUCAAGCGUGCUUUGUCAAAUUGCCGAUUUCAUUUGACAGAUACCGAAUAUGAAACGCUGUUUAAAGUGUUUGCGUCGCCGGUUCGACCUGGUUGUGUUGAUUACAAGCGUUUUGCUGAGGUAAUCGAAGAAGCGUUCACGCAAGCAUGUCUGGAGCGUGCUCCACUGAUUAUUCCAGUACAGCAUGUGCCAACGCGUGAUUGUGAACGCAACUUCCUCAACUUCGACGAGCGCCGCACACUUUCAAUCGGCAUUCAGAAGCUGAGCAAGAAGCCGGAAUUGCAGAUGAAUCUAAUGUCGAUCUUUGAGGACUACGACAAGACGAAGUGUGGCACGAUUUCCCAAGAGCAUUUCUUGAAGGCGUUAUCGCUACGAGGCAUGUAUAACUUGAUUUCCCGGUCGGAAUUCGACAUGAUCUGCAAAUGCUUCAGUUUCGAACGUGGAUUACGCGACGAAAUUGAUUAUCGCGCUUUUAUUAAAGCAUUGGAUAUCCUGCAUGCUACUGACAAGUAUAAUCCGUUUUAAAUUGCAAUUACUGUUUGUAAAAUUUGAAGUUUUUGUGAUCAGAAUAAAUUCACAUUUGAAUGUA